GGAAAACUUGUUGAACCCGAAACUAUGAGAAAAUACCCCAUUGACAAAGAUUUAACGCGAUUACCAAAUGAUACAAAAAUACUACCUUCCCCGAGGGAACAGAGCCGAAAGAAAAACCUUGAAUUAUUGGAGGAGUUGGAGGAAAAUUAUUAUGAAGCAGAGGGGGAAAUUGAGUUUGAACCAGGACCAGAGAAAGAAACUGAAACGGGCGAGAGUUCAAAAGGCAAGGAAGUAGAAAAACCACCUAAAAAAUAUGUUGAAAAACCCGAAAGAAUUGAGAAACCCGAAAUAAGUAAAGAGGAGGAAAAACUUUUAAAAGAUUAUAGGAGAGAGUUAAAGGAUUUGGGCCGUAGUAAUGACAUUGAGGAUUUUAUUAAUUCAUCCUACGCCGAAUUAUACCCCGAGGAACAAGCAGAAUUAAUAAA